CACCACACUGUGUCUCUAAUAGCCUGGUGAGGAAACCCCUUUCCUGUGCCGUCUAUUCUUAAAGGGAAGUGAAGAGUUGCUUGUGUAGCAGUUUGUUUCUCUUUUCAUGCAGACGCCCUUGUCAGCACACACACACUCACACCAUGAACUUCUCAUUUAAGCGGAAUUCUACUGAGGAAAUGGCUCCCGAGGAGUUUGCAGGUGGGACAGCGGUGGCUUGUGUGAUCCUGGGCCUGUCCUUCCUGGUAGGAGCUCCUGGGAACCUGCUGGUGAUCUGGACCAUCUUAAAACACGUCAAGCAGCGAUCCCACACUGUGGUGCUCAUCCUGCAUCUGGCUGUUGCUGACCUGUUGGUCCUCAUCACCCUGCCUGUGUGGAUAUACUCCCUCGCUCACUCCUGGGUGUUUGGAGAAGCCAUGUGUAAAGCUAUGGUGUUUAUGAUCAAUGCCUGUAUGUACAGCAGUGUUUUCCUCAUUACUGUCAUGAGUAUAGAGCGCUUUGUGGCUGUGCGUUAUCCUUUUGCCUCAGCCGGCUGGAAGAGGAAAAAAGGUUUGAAUAAGGUUCUGCUGGCUCUGUGGACUGCAGCUUCCUUGUUCAGCAUACCAAUCAUCCCAACACAGGUGGUAGCAGAUUAUUCUGGUGAGGCGCACUGUCUGUACCGGUUUUACACCUCUGUGGCCCAGGAGCUGGUGUGUGUGCUGCUGGAGACGCUAGUGGGCUACAUAUUGCCUUUCUCAAUCCUGGUAGUCUGCUAUGCCUGCCUGUGCAGCCGAAUCACUCAGAUGACCUUCAAGUCUAAGCGCAAGUCCACCGUCCUGAUUGCCAGUGUGGUAGUGGUGUUUGCUGUCUGUUGGACGCCUCAUCACAUUGGAAAUGUCCUCUCACUCAUCAUCCUGUCUAUGGGGAAGUCUUUCCCUGAUGAAGCAGCUUACCUGGAGGAUGUCAGGGGCACCAUGACCUUUAUUGCCGGGGCCUUGGUCUUCAUCAGCAGCACUGUCAACCCCAUCCUGUACAUGUUUGCAGCUCGCUCCUUCAGAAGCUCCCUGAGAGACACAGGCAUCCAGAAGCUCUUCCGCCACAUCUCCAGCACCUCCCCAGGUGAGGGCAACAGAGAAUUGUCCUUUGUGUCGAAGAGGCACAGCAACCAGACCAACAGCUCCCUGUGUGUGUCUACAACAAAAGACCAAAUGGAUAUCUUAGUAAAAAUGUGUGAAAAUAACCCAUCCUGAUUCUUCAUGUUUUCUAUCUCUGUAAAAAUAGCUGUGUGUAAGUUAGUUUUUUAUUAGGAGGAUAUUUUGCCUGUUGUGAAGCUUGUUUUCUUUGAAAUAACAACGGAGAAGUGGAGAAAGUGGGAAUCAAUUGUCCAAUGCUGUAAACAACCUGUUUAAUAUCUUUUCUAAACAUUUUUUUUCCAAAACUGAAAACAUAUUUAAAAUAUAUUGUAUAUACUGUACUUACAUUUAUUCAAUAUGAAUGGUAAAAAUAUAUUCCUUAAAACCUGUCUAAAUGUACAUUUCUUUAUGAAGACCUUUUUUUUGGCAUUUUGUUGAUGUUAUUCUGAUUAAAAAAAAUGUUCCUGUUGGAGGUAUGGUAACAUGAUUGGUCAGGGCGCAGUAAGUUUACAGCUGGUUAUUCUGUGGUUUCCUCUGCCACUUCUUAUUUUUUUAACACUUUUGAAACAGAGAAAUUUUCCCACAGCUUGUCUUGUUUUUUCUUUCUGUGUUGGGAAAUAAUAACAUUGAUGACACAGUCCCACUCUUUGAUAUGAAUUAAUUUGACAAAAUUUCUUAUUCAAUUCACCUUGUGCUUAUUUAUCUAUUUUAAAAUCAAGAAUAAAGAUCUAGAGUAAAUGAAUUAUUUCAUGACAAUUGAGCAUACAAUUGAUUUGUUAUCCAAAGACAACAGUCAGUUCUUUUACUUCCUCUUGGAGAAAAGAUUGCAAAAUGAAAAACUGCAUGUUUCCUUUACAGAGCAUCAAAAAGAGGAAUUGUGUCUCAAUGUUUGUCACAGUCUUAUAAAACUCAAGUCAGCCCUAUACAGUGGGAGGGUUCAACAACAGCUUAUCUAAAUGUAUAUGCCAGCUAGAAAUGUUUUAUUUAUUCAUAUAAUAGCAUAUUAAGUUUUUGUGUUGCCAUGGUACCUCUCACCAACUGGAUGACAUUGACAUCAGCUCAGUGUGGAUCACGAUCCUGUUGUAUGGUUAUUUAUAACUAUUUAUUCAGGUUUUUCAUAAUACGGUCAUGAAUUUAAAAUUUUAUUUUCCAAAUAAAAAUAGUGACAAACAUAACGUA